AUGUCAAAGCGACCUCCAGGUUCGUUUUUUCGCGAUAGAAAGAAGAAGAUAGAAGCUGAAAAGAUACAAUUAGCAAAACAGUGGGAAAAACGCAGAAAAACUGAUGUUGAUGUCAAUGAAGUAAAUAUUGAACAACAUGAAAAUGAAAACACAAUUAUAAAAGAACCAUUACCAUUGACAAGUUGUAAUAGCAAUUUAAAUGAAAAAUUUACAAAUGACGAUUCUUUGGAUGUUAAGAUAAAUGAAAAAAAUAUAACUGCCAAUGACUUAGAACUCAUAACAUUUAAUGUAAGUGAGAAUUGUCAUCAAGUUAAUAAUGAGAAUAGUUUUGAGGUAUCUUUAGAAGCUCAAAAUAAGUAUGAACAUUUUAAAGCCACACAUUUUCCUGAAAUUUUAUUUGACAAUCCUCGUUCUUGGUCUCCUAUUAAUGAUAAACUGCGUUGUAUACUUAUUCUUCAUGGACCAAAUCGAGGGAUGACAGCACCUAAACCAUUCAAAAAUCAUUGGUUUUUUAAACAAAUGAAUAACGGUGAAAAGUGUGACAGAACGUGGAUGAUGUAUUCUGAACCUAAUGAGGCGAUUUUUUGUUUUUGUUGUAUUUUAUUUGGAACCAAAUCAAGUGCAUUAACAGAUUCUAAACAAGGUUUUUCAAAUUGGAAAAAAAAUGGAACGUUUAAGGGAACAUGA